AUGGCCACCCAGUCAAACCCCUGCCGCACCGACUUCACCCUCUCGCCCGGGGACAUGCACCUCAUCACCAACCCCUUGCCCAGCUAUGAAAUUGCCUUCAUCCGCCUCAACCUCGCGACUACCCUGACCGUCGUGACAAUGCGCGACCCCGCCCCUUCCAUCAUCGCGUGGGAGUCAGAGCCGCUGUGCGCCCUGCUCGCCGAGUUCCGGCGGCAGCGGUACCACCAUCCGCGGGCCAAACCCCUGUACGGGAUCAUAUACGCCGGCGACUGGAUGCGUACGUAUCGCGAGCGCAUUGUGCCCGAAAGCUGCCAGCCCUUCGAGCCGGAUUACUUCCAUGUGCAGCUCGUCCCCGGGCGGGACACGCUGCAUCGGGUUCAUGAUGCCGAGCUGCUGUUCCGGUGGGUGCAGAAGAUUCCGCGGAAUGAGGCGGAGUGGGUUGCUAUUCCUGACGAUGAGUGGGUUUGUGGGACUGUGGGGGGGAGGAAGAAGGUGUAA